UCCUUUAAAGUCUGGGCUAAGCUGCCAGUUAGCCCUGCCUCUGUCCGCUUGAGUUCCCCAGCUGGGACCUGGGCAAGGAGGCGCUGUGCGCUGGUCCUUUCCCGUCACCUUCUGCCGGUGUGGAAUGACCGAGUGAGCUGCUGCGGGAUGUGCAAAGAGAGGCAGUUCAGUUCAGCCUGAAAGGGCAUCGAUCCUGCAGCGCGCGCCAAGGGACUCCUGUCUGGUGGGGAUCCCUUUUCUGGGGCGCCGCGGCUGAUUCCUGCCCUCUUUCAGACUUCGGUAGCCCUCGUGGUACAACUACUGUACAUUUGGGCAUCCUUGAUCUUUUUUACAACUCGGUCUCCCCCAGCCCACCUUUGGGAAGGAAAGGUGGAAUUCAGCGAUCAGAUCUUGCAAAAAGAUAGCCGCCUAGUUUCCAAGUGCUGGGACCCGGUGCUGCAGGGGAGAUUCAGAGAGAAUAAACUCCUCUGUCUGCAUUUCAGGAGGGGAGAGCCAGGAAAGACAUAUUUCUCCAGAAAAGACCUGCAAUGGAUAAAAAAAGCAGUGGUUAUCUCUUACUGAUCAUUCUACUAAUUAGAAUGGCUCCAAGUUUCCCCACUACUGUAAGUUAUGUCGAUCCUACUUUAGAGUCUAUGGAAUAUUCAAUGAUACGCAAGAAAAUAGUAGAUUCACAGUUCAAGUGCUAUGAAAGGAUGAACAGAGCCCCUCCUUACAAGAAAAAAGGAUUGUACUGUAACCGGACCUGGGAUGGAUGGCUGUGUUGGGAUGAUACACCAGCUGGAGAAUAUGCUGACCAGAAUUGUCCAGAUUAUUUUCAGGACUUUGAUCCAACUGAAAUAGCAACAAAACAUUGUGAUAAGACAGGAACAUGGUUUCGGCAUCCAGAAACCAAUCGAACCUGGUCCAACUACACACGCUGCAAUUCUUUUACAAAUGAAAAGCGUAAGAUGGUUUUCAUAGUUUAUUACAUGACUAUAGUAGGACAUGUAUUGUCUAUGAUUUCCCUGUUGAUUUCCUUGGGAAUUUUCUUCCAUUUCAAGAGCCUCAGCUGUCAAAGGAUAACACUGCAUAAGAAUCUAUUUUGUUCAUAUGUUCUUAACUCUGUGUUUACACUUGCCCACCUCAUUGCAGUAGUGCCUGACCGAGAGCUGGUCAAAAAAGAUCCAGUAAGCUGCAAAGUGCUUCAGUUUUUUCACCAAUAUACAAUGGGCUGUAACUACUUCUGGAUGCUUUGUGAAGGAAUAUAUCUUCAUACACUGAUUGUGGUGGCAGUAUUUGCUGAAGAACAGCGCUUGCAUUGGUAUUACCUCCUGGGCUGGGGUUUUCCUUUAGUGCCAGCAUCAAUUCAUGCUGUGGCCAGAGCUAGAUAUUUCAAUGAUAAAUGUUGGAUUAGUGUUGAUACAUAUUUGCUGUACAUUGUUCAUGGGCCUGUUAUGGCAGCUUUAUUGGUCAAUUUUUUCUUUUUGCUCAACAUUGUACGAGUUCUCAUUACAAAACUGAGAGAUACACAUCGGGCUGAAUCCAAUAUGUACAUGAAAGCUGUCAGAGCCACUUUAAUUCUUGUGCCCUUAUUAGGUAUUCAAUUUGUCAUUUUUCCUUGGAGACCAGAAAAUAAACUUGCUGGAGAAAUAUAUGAUUACAUCAUGCAUAUUUUAAUGCACUAUCAGGGCUUACUCGUGGCAACUAUUUUCUGUUUCUUCAAUGGAGAGGUCCAAGGAACUCUGAAGCGGCAAUGGAUGCAGUAUAAAACUCAGUGGGGUCAAAGGCGCCGUGAUCAUUGCUCUACACGGUCUACCUCCUACACUGCAACAUCUAUCACGGAAGUUCCCGUUUAUCUAUAUCAUCGUAAUUCCAACAGUGAGCAUCUGAAUGGAAAGUACAUACAUGACUCUGAACUUGUUGCAUUAAAAUCUGGAGAGACAUCUGCUUAAUUUAUAAUUAAAGGGUUCCACGUUUUAUUUCUGCACAAAGGAGCAGACUGUAAAGCCCCGGCAAUGUGCAUACUUGCUCAGCAAGCUGGAACCAUCAUAUGCAAAGUGCAGAAAUUGAGCUCUCUUGUGGCACCAGUUCAUGAAAGUCUGAUAGAGAUUCAGACAUGGGGACUGAUCCCAGUUUCCAAUGACGCUUUCAAAAAAAAAAAAAAAAAAAGGAGAUGAAGGCUAGGUUUCUCAAUGAGGAGAAAAAGUCUUCAUCAGUUCCAGAACUUGGCCAUCUAAGACAAGGAUGCAAUUGUUAUAAAACUUUGCAUCAGAAAUCCCACUAGAUAUUGCAUUUUUUCUACAAAAGAUCUUGUUAUCCAAAUCAAACUAAGUACAAAUUGGAGAUGGUAAAGAGCUAUUGCUAUUUGGAAUCAUAAACAUGGUUGUCAUCAUAUUGGAGCAUUUUUAUUAUUUUAUUUUCAGUAAAUUCAAAUGCCGUGAUUUUCCCCCCCUCCCCCACAACUUGGAGCAAAACAACACCAAAAUGUUUGUCCUAUAUGUAAAUCUUUACUACAACAACAGGAUGCCAAAUAUUUAGUAUUAUUCUGACAUCAAGCAGGAGAUAGAAAUGAAGGUAAAUUAUUUAUUGUAUCAUAAAGUUUAGAAAAAAGAGAGUAAAUAUAUUAUCAGAGGAAUAUAAUAUUGUGUCAGGAAAUCCACUGAGAGGAUUCAAGAGUUCAGACAUCAGCUAUAUAUAAAUUAUUUCAAGAAAAAUUUAUUAGAGAUAGGGAACCAUUUUUUUUCUAGAAAUAAAGUGAGAAUACAAUUCGGAAAAUAGUUUUUUUCUUUCUUUAAUUCUUUCUUCCUUUGUUUUUCAUUCUUCUUCUUGAUAUUAUCAUUGAUAUUUUCUGACUCUAAAUAUUCAUUGCCAGUUAGAACCAGUUAGAAUUUUUUUCUUAAAAUUCACAAAUAGAAUUUAUAGUAUCAACAGUAAUUAAAAUUAUUAUUUAUACCAUUCUAAUCAAAUAUUAUUGAAAUUUUUAGCAGCACAGAAAAGUGAUUUCCAUGUCACUUUUGGAUUCAACUGGAUCUAAAUCUUAAUUCUGCACAUGAGAAAGAUUGACAUAGUUUUAAUUUAAAAAAAGACUGUUUUUGCAAUGUAUGUAUUAUGGGUAAUGCUAUGCAUACUAUUUUCCCCUUGAAAACACUUUUAAAAAUCAAUAGACUUAACUUUCUAAUGCAUAUACUAUGAUUAAAAUAAAUUUUAGAAUCAUUUAUACAUUAUAUACAUUUAAUAUUUCCAAUUAUAUUUCAACUUUGAAAACAGGUUGCAAUUAGCUUCACUGUUACAAAUAGUUGUUUAAGUUUUUGAUCAUUUUUGUUCCAUCUAAACCUAAUAUUCCACCACACUCAUUGUUGCAAAGAAGAAUGGGGCCAUUGCAGUGUUCUCACAUGUUUGGCAAGAACUGAUUACAAAUUUGGCAAUACUCAAGUUAUCGCCCAAUAUCUAAAAAAUAAUAAUAAUUAAGGUACAUAUUCUAUUCACCAUUUUAAAUAUAUAUUUUAUGUAAUAGAAAAUUUACUUGCAGAUAUUCUGUAUUUCUCUUAAAAUAAUUGGAGAAUACACAACAACAAGAAAUUACUUUGGGGAGCUUUCAAAAGUAAGAACUUAUGGAGUAGAAAGCUAAAGUAUAAUUUGAACAAAUAAAUAGCUGGGUUAAGGGAAAGCAAUUAGAAAUCCCAUUCAUCCGCAUUCAGAGCAGAGGUGGAAGUGCUCCCAGUUUGGACCGGAUCGCACGAUCCGGUAGCGAUGGCGGCAGAUAGUUCGGAGAACUGGUAGCAAAAAACCCCUGUCCCCAACCAUUUCUUCAGCUGAAAAAAUGCUUUUAAAAAUAAAAAAAAGCCUCUGAUGAUCGCACAGCUCAGCUGGGAUCAUCAGAGUCUUUUAAAAGCAUUUUUUAACAACCUCUUCGGCCAAAGAGGUUGUAGAAAAAAUGCUUUUAAUAGGCUCCUUUGACAAUCCCAGUUGAGUUGUCUGAUCAUCAGAGGCGUUUUUUCUUUCAAAGGCAAAAGAAAAUGCUUUUAAAAGAAAAGAAAAGCCUCUGAAUAUCAGACAAUUCAGCUGGGAUCACCAGAGGAGCCUUUUAAAAGCAUUUUUUAGAAAAAAUGCUUUUAAGUUUUUUUUUUAAAAAUUGGCCACGCCCACCCAGUCACAUUACCACCACCACCACCAAGCCAUGCCCACAAAACCUGUAGUAACAAAUUUUACAUUUCACCCCUGAUUCAGAAUCACAGGAUAACUAACUGGAUUUGUUUGGAAAGUUCAUAAGUGUUAAGUGGAGAGCAAUGGACCAAUAUUCCCUUUCUCCUAUCAAUUAUAGCAGAGCAACCAGCAUGCUGUUUGUGUACACAGCCUUGAGUGUUAGUAGCAAUUAAUAGCUUGCACUUCAAUUAAUUCUGUGCAGUCCUCUAACUACCCUUUAGUUGUUUUUUAAAACCACCCAUUUGUUGUGUUAUCACAAAGACUGGUGGCAAAUUUCCUAAUAUAACCAGGAGGAAAAAAUCCUUCUGUGAGUCCUGAUUCUUCCUCUAUUUUGAUUUCACCGGAAUUUUUAUGCCAACCUGCAUCUCUUUAUAUUUGUUUGUUGAAUUGCUCUUAGCAUUUCAAAGCCAAAAUGCUCUUAGCAUUUUAAUCCAGUUUAAUGUGA